UAGAUCUAAACGUCACAAGUAAAAUUUCUCAUGGAUUCCGUCCUAGUUGUGUUCUUUCUUCUCCUGGGGGCGUGUGGCGCCUUCAUUCUGGACGAUGUCGCCCUACCCCAGUACUAUAAGUACGGCAAAAGUCUGGUGCUGGUGGGCGGGGCCCUAGCUGAAAAUAACAGCGAAAUAUACAAUGCCAUUAUCGAGAUGUCUGGAGGACGGGGCGUUGCUAAGAUAGGAAUCAUAAACGCUGCCAGUUUGGACCCUGUUGGGGGAUACCAGUACUACAGGGACGUGUUUCUUAAGUACGGCGCCCUAGAAGCCAACAGAAUCCCUAUAGACGUCAACCACACCUCUGCGAAUGCGGACCCCAAGGUGGUGUCUCUCAUACGUCGGCAAACGGGAUUUUUCUUCGGUGGCGGGGACCAGCAGAGAGUUAUUGACACAUUAUACACCCAGACCUCACAAGGGCGGAUGGAAUCCCCGGCGCUGGCCGCGCUGAGAGAGCGCUUCAACCUUGGCGCCGUGAUUUCUGGGACGAGCGCUGGAACAGAGUGUCAGCCAAACAAACUCAUGAUUAACAACGGAAUGAGCUAUGAAGCGUUGAGAUACGGGGUCCAUACAACAUAUUCAGAGGAUCAUCCAGAUUACCUUGUUUACAAUCCCAGUGGGGGACUAGGGUUCUUGGAUGGAUUCAUCAUCGAUGCCCAUUUCAGCGAACGAGGUCGGGAAGGACGAUUAGCUGUUUUGUUGGACGAGACGCGGCGACAGUUCCACAUCUCGCGAGGUUUCGGUGUGGACGAGAAUACAGCGUUAGUUGUCACUCAUGCCGAAUCUGAUGCGAUAACAGGAAAGGUCAUAGGACAAAGCGGCGUGGUAUUCAUUGAUGUUACUCACGCCCACCACGAUCCCCAUUCUAUCUACUACUCAAUCAGCAAUGUUUUAUUCCACUACCUCACGAACGGCGACCAGAUAGGACUAAGAAAUCUAAACAUAUCAUUCUCCCCCAGGAAAACGCCGAUGAGAGGGCAUGAGAAUUAUGACCAUGCACUUACAUCCGAUGACAUCUUCUACGGAAAACACAGAAAUAGUGACCAUAAGCCCGAAUUUACUCGAGCUGCGACGAGUGUGUUCGAUUCGCGUUUAGACACUUCUACUUAUGGGGACACAUACGAAUCUCAUCCAACUUUUCGCGUCAUUCUGACACGAAUGGCUUAUUCCGUUGGAUACGUGGAGAGAAAAUCCUCAUUUCACACCGAUUUAACAUCCUAUGAAAAUCUUGUUGUAAGCAUCGCAGAGCGAAAACAAACUUUUCAGACAAGAGUAUUUUAGUGGCAGAUUAAAAUCUCAUUGUUUCUUAAAGUUUUUUUUUUUUACCAAUUACUUCUUAUUUCAGAUGAACAUUACAGAGACAAAUAAAGUACUUUUUUAAAGUAU